UUUAUUAUCCAGUCAACAACCAGAGAAUGCCUGAAGGAGAAUCAAGAAGAUCCAUGGUUGGAAUCCCUCCGACAAGAAGAGCACGCGGUGGCAACACUCCAUCCACAGCUACUCCAGUUGUUCCAAGGACUUCUGCGCGUGCUGCUAAACGAGUGAAAAAAGAGGAACCAGAAGAAGAAGAAGAUUAUAAAAAUAACAAUAGCGAUCCUGAGAAAAGCGAAGAAGAUGAAUCAGAAGAAUCUGGAGAUGAAAUGACAACACCUUCUCGAAAGACUCCUGGCGGUGGAGCUGGAGGACGCAAGAAGAAACGUGCACCACUAACUGAUUAUCAUUUAAAGAAGAAGAAAAUUCUAGCAAGAAAAGCCGCCAGAGACGCGGAAAAAGAAAAAGAAGUUGAACCGGAGGUGCAAGAAGAAGUUCCGAAAGAGCCAACUCCACCACCUCCACGAAAAGCUCCAUCAUUCUCCUCAUAUCUUCCAAUACAAUUGAUGCAAGAUCAUAUUCUUCGGAAACUUGUCGAGAAAGAUCCAGAACAAUAUUUUGCAUUCCCAGUAACGCCUUCGAUGGCACCAGAUUAUCGUGAUAUCAUUAAAACUCCGAUGGAUUUACAAACAAUCAGAGAAAACAUCGAGGACGGAAAGUAUGCAUCACUUCCGGCAAUGAAAGAAGAUUGUGAAUUAAUAGUAUCAAACGCAUUCCAAUACAAUCAACCAAAUACUGUAUUCUAUUUGGCUGCCAAGCGUCUCUCGAAUCUUAUUGCAUAUUAUUUUGGGGAGCAAUAUCUUCGCUUUCUUUUUCAUUCUUUACCAAUGGCGAAUAAGAUCCCAUUUGAAAUUGUUGGAAUUCGUCCUCUGGCUCCUGUCCCCAAAGAACGCACAAUGAAUAAACGAAAAGCAGUUGUCAAGGAUGGUAUGACUUCUGAAGAUUGUCUACAAGUUGCGGAUCCCAAAGUUCGCGAACGAUUAUCUGCGAAACUUCCUGAAGCAAAUAAUCCGAAAAACAAAAAAAUGGGGAAACUUGGUUUCUUGUCAGAGAAAGACGGGACUGUAGUUCUGAACGUUGUUGCUGGGGAUUCGGAAGAUGGGAAAUUAGAAAACAAUGCUCCACGCAGAGUCACCAUAGGAGACAUCGUUGGACCACUCGAAGAAGGAACUCCUGGAAUGAUACAAAUGGCAGAUCACCGGCUUUUCUCACAGGCUCCCGUUAAUUAUUUGAACUAUGGUCCAUAUUCUUCGUUUGCACCAAUGUAUGAUUCUACAUGGGCAACAAUGACCAAAGAAGAUACGGAUUUAUUUUUGCGAACUUAUGGAGACAAAUCAAAUGCAAGUGAUGUAAUGUCGAUGCGUCGAUUUGUUGGAGAUUGCCCCGAGUUCUCAGAGAUUAUUGGAAGCUUAUUGGAUACACUUACUGACGGCGAGCACUCGAAAACAAUGAAAGAACUUGAAAAUGCAGGGAAAGAAGUUAAGGAGGAAGUUGAUAAUGAUGAGUACAAGAAUGAAACUGUUCUUUCCUUGAUUGAUGACGUCAGUUCCAUCUCCAACUUGGGUAUUGAAACUGGAUUUUUGAAUGACAUUCGCCAGCAAGUUCUAGUUCCAGCUGUGGAAAGCAACAUUGAGAACAAUAUACCGGAAUUCAUGAAUGAAGUGAAUCAUAUGAAUGUUCAACAACAGCUCAAUCACUCUGGACAAAAAGUUAAAGAUCUUGCUCAUAUCCAAGAACAUCGUCUUGUCCAGCAACCACCUCCUAUGAUCAUGUCCGUACAAGGCGCAGGACAAAUUGAACAAAAGCUUGCUGAGAAUUUGCAGCAACAUUUGGCUCAUCAAAUGACAACACACGCUGCCCCAGAAGCCUUUGUAAACGAUACAAUGAUUCACGAUGCGAUCGGUGUUGAUAUGGAUGAUGGAGAUUUGUUCAGCGAGUUCUUUGUUACCCAAUAAUAUUGAAUAUAUCAUCAAUGUAACAUAAUUUAUUAAUUAACUCCUAAAAUGGUCUCUAUUCUCAUGUUUCCUCCCUCUGUUUUAUUUGUGUCAAAUUUCAAUUUCUAAAGAAUUUCCGACAUUUUUUAAUACGUCAAAGAUUGCAAACAACUUCUAACCUUCAGUUUCAAACUUUUAAAUUUUCAAAAUUCUGUCAAUGAGUAAAUAAAGUUCCCAUCAAA